CUGUGUGCGCACGCGCAGUCCCCAUCUUGCAGUGCGGCCUCCAAGAGAGGUGGCCUCUUCCUCGGGACCCCCGCGAGGGGCGGGCAGAACACGGAGCCAUCAUGCCGGGUGUCACCCUCCCCCCAAAGGAGAACAACCUCUUCAAGAGGAUCCUGAAAUGCUAUGAACAAAAGCAGUAUAAAAAUGGGCUCAAAUUUUGUAAGAUGAUCUUGUCCAACCCAAAAUUUGCUGAACACGGAGAAACACUGGCUAUGAAAGGACUGACACUGAACUGCCUGGGAAAGAAAGAAGAAGCCUAUGAGUUUGUACGAAAAGGGCUGCGCAAUGAUGUUAAAAGUCAUGUCUGUUGGCAUGUGUAUGGUCUUCUACAGAGGUCUGACAAGAAGUAUGAUGAAGCAAUCAAGUGUUAUAGAAAUGCACUUAAGCUGGACAAGGACAAUUUGCAGAUACUCCGGGACCUCUCAUUAUUACAGAUACAGAUGAGAGACUUGGAAGGCUACCGGGAAACCAGGUAUCAACUCCUCCAGUUGCGGCCAAUGCAGAGGGCAUCAUGGAUUGGCUAUGCCAUAGCAUAUCAUUUAUUGAAAGACUAUGAAAUGGCCUUAAAAUUGCUUGAGGAAUUCAGGAAGACUCAGCAGGUACCGCCAAAUAAGAUUGACUAUGAAUAUAGUGAGCUAAUUCUCUAUCAGAAUCAAGUGAUGAGGGAAGCCAAUCUCUUCCAAGAGUCCCUGGAUCACAUUGAAGCCUAUGAGAAGCAAAUAUGUGACAAACUUCAGGUAGAGGAGAUUAAAGGUGAAGUAUUGUUAAAUCUAGGAAGAUUAAAAGAAGCUGCUGAAGUCUAUAGAGAACUUAUUGACCGUAAUCCUGAAAACUGGAAAUACUAUGAAGAUUUUGAGAAAACGUUGAUACCUGCUACUGUUGAACAACGGCUACAAAUCUAUGACGAUAUCGGCAAGAGAUAUCCACGAGCAGUUUCACCAAGAAGACUGACGUUAAAUUUCAUUACAGGCAACAAAUUCAGAGACCGAAUGGAUACGUUUCUACGGAUUAACUUCAGCAAAGGCUGCCCACCAUUAUUUACAACUUUAAAAUCUCUGUACGGUUCUUCAGAAAAGAUGACCGUAAUGCAAGAACUUGCUAUUGGUUAUGAAACUGCACUCUCUGGAUGCAGUACUGGGUUCGUUAUCAAAUGGAAUAUUGUUACUGUUUUCAUACUUGCAGAUAAUGAAGAGCGAGAGCCGCCGACAACGCUUCUCUGGGUUCGAUAUUACUUAGCACAGCACUUUGAUAAGCUUGGUCAUUGGUCUGUUGCCUUAGACUAUAUCAACUCUGCCAUUGCAAGCACUCCAACGUUAAUAGAACUAUUCUAUAUGAAAGCCAAGAUUUAUAAGCAUAUAGGAAACCUCAAAGAAGCUGCCAAGUGGAUGGAUGAAGCUCAGUCAUUGGACACUGCAGACCGGUUCAUUAACUCAAAGUGUGCAAAAUACAUGCUCCGAGCCAAUAUGAUCCAAGAAGCAGAAGAGAUGUGUUCAAAGUUUACAAGGGAAGGAACACCUGCCAUGGAGAAUCUGAAUGAGAUGCAGUGCAUGUGGUUCCAGACGGAGUGUGCCAGUGCCUACCAGAGAAUGGGCAAAUAUGGGGAAGCAUUAAAGAAAUGCCAUGAAAUAGAAAGGCACUUCUUUGAGAUUACCGAUGAUCAGUUUGAUUUUCACACAUACUGUAUGAGGAAGAUGACUCUGCGAGCAUACGUAGAUCUCCUGCGCUUGGAAGAUAUAUUGCGGCAGCAUGUCUUCUAUUUUAAAGCUGCUCAUACGGCCAUAGGAAUCUAUUUAAAGCUGCAUGAAAACCCUUUAAUGAAUGAGAGCAAAGAGCAGGAAGUCAAUUCUGAAAACCUCUCAGCCAAAGAGCUGAAAAAGGUUUUAAGUAAACAGAGAAGAGCUCAAAAAAAAGCCAAACUGGAAGAGGAGCGGAAGCAUGCAGAGAGAGAACGGCAGCAGAAAAAUCAGAAGAAAAAGAGAGAUGAAGAGGAGGAGGAAACAAGUGGACCUAAAGAAGAGCUUGUUCCUGAAAAACUGGAAAGGGUUGAAAAUCCCUUAGAAGAAGCUAUCAAGUUUCUUACACCAUUAAAAAGCCUUGCAGCAAAUAAUAUACAUACGCAUCUACUGGCAUUUGAAAUUUAUUUUAGAAAAGGAAAAUUCCUUUUGAUGUUGCAGUCUGUGAAAAGGGCAUUUGCCAUUGAUAGCAAUAACCCCUGGCUACAUGAGUGUUUAAUACGGUUCUCAAAAUCGGUUUCAGAUCACAGCAAUCUCCCUGAAAUUGUGAAUAAAGUCCUCUUACAUGAAAUGAAGAGUAUCUUUACUAACAAGGAUCUGGAGAGCUUCAAUGAAGAGUUUCUCAGAAACAAUUCUACCUCCAUUCAGCAUUUGCUUUCAGGUGCAAAGAUGAUGUAUUAUCUCGACAAGUCAAGACAGGAGAAAGCAAUUGCCAUAGCUACAAAACUUGAAGACACUUUAACUGAUAGAAAUGUCCAGAGUCUGACACAGGUCCUGGAAGCCUUGCUUGAUGGCAGCUUUGGAAGCUGUAACACUCAGUAUGAAGAGUACCGGGCAGCCUGCCAUAAACUUUUCCCAUUUACACCUGCCUUUAUGUUAUCUGCAAAUGAGGAAGACUGUAGCACCGGACAGAUAAACCACACCGCCAUCAACCACGAUGUACUCUGCAACGAGCUCUAACACAGUCAGCAAGACUUCAGGACACAAAUGUUCAGGGUUCACGUGCAUUAAAAUGCAUGGCAGAUGUGAAUGUGGUUCGCUUUGUUGUCAUGGCCUUUUGGCCUUCCAUUCUUUCUCUCUCUGAGCCUCCCAAAGAAAGGCCAAUAGAUCAUUAUCUGUUAUGUUUGCAAAUGUACAGUUUUACUUUUUUUCCUGAAGGAGUUUUUAGAUUACUCCCUCUGCAAUAUGAACAUUAAGACAGGGCAAAAUGCUUUCCUAGAAUGUUGCAAAUCUAGUAUAAUAUUUUGCAUCAUAUGUAGCAGUUUUAGUUGGGGGCAAAAAAAAAAGUACUCUGAGCUCAAAGGUUUUUACAUUUUUUUGGGAUUGAUUUUAAAAACAAAACAGUUGACAAUGUAAUUUUUAUGACUUCUCUUUAAAACAAUGCUAAGUGUCAGUGACCUGUUCAGGGUAGCACCUCUGCCAUGUGCUCCCAGCAGGCGUACUUGUUUGCCAACCAUACACAGCGAUCAAACACCAAUCACUUUAUAAUUUUAAAAGAGAAUGCAACAUAUCAAGGAAGCAAUAUCAAAAUGGAAUGCCUGUGUUUUGUUGUAACUUGUGUGCGUUGUGAGGAGCGUUUUCAAUUGGCUUUUUAAACUGGUCAGCCAAAUAAGCUGUCCCCGUGGGUUUGCUGUUGUUUUCCUUGUUCAGACUCAUUAAUCUCAUUGUCUUAAAUAUAGGUUGAGAGCAAAAGAAUGAUGAGGCCUUCUGCAAUGAAGAUGAUAUACAAGUGCUAUAAUUUUGCUCAAACCACCUUUAUUAAUGCCUGUAUGUAAUAUUUUAGGAAGCGUAAAGCUCCCAUUGAAUCAUAAUUGCCAAGGUGGACCUCAAGCCACCCAUUCUAGGCCAGGGUGCUGAAGUUGUUCUCAAACCAACCUUCGAGAUCUUGUAAUAAGUCAUCACUUCUGCAUCAUAUGCAGGUAUCCACCAG